AUGCACACACACACACACUCACAUACACACUCACAUGCACACCUGCAUGCACACGCCCGCACCCCUUCAGACGCGGUGAUCACCACGUGGGAUGUGAAGAACGCCAACAUCUUCUGGACAGCUAUGAUGAAGAUGCCUCUGGGCACACACCAGAUCAUGACGUACAAGUGCAUGAUCAUUGUGCACAAGCUACUGCACGACGGCCACCCCUCAGUCAUCCCUGCGACCUACCACCAGAAGACCAA